AAAAAGACAUCUUGUUGUCUUUUUACAUUUCCUUAAAAAGAUGAUGUUAAUGUUUGUGUGUCAUCUUCCUCUGAAAAGAUAAUAGGACGUCCAGGUGAUCUACAGUUGAGAAAUGAGGAAGAAAGAGUUAAGCUGUAUCUUAUAGGUUCAAAGCGCUUCAGUUCUCCAGAACCUGCAGAGCUGCUGACGCUACAGGAAUGGCCACAGCUUCACCAGAUAAGGGUCACCAACCGGUGGUUGUUGCUUUGUCGCAGUAUGUCGGUCCUGAAGUCCAGGCUCAGCCUCACAUGUUGGUCCAUCAGAGCGCUGUGAACAUCCCAGCUGUGCAGCCCAGCGACGACAUCAUCUGGUCUCUCGUUUGCUUCAUGUAUGGAAAUCCGUUCUGCCUGGGACUGGCGGCCCUCAUCUUCUCCGUAAAGGCCAGAGACAGGAAGGUGGUCGGAGAUCUGGAGGGAGCCAGACGUCACGGCUCCACCGCUCGCGUUCUCAACAUCGUGGCGACCGUCCUGACAUCUGUAGCCACCUUACUGACAGUCAUUGUUCUGCUUGCUUUGAGUUUUCGCUAACUAGCUUUUCUGUUUUUACUCUGGUAUCAAACUGAAACCAUGACAGUAAUAGUAGUAGUAGUAAUAGUAGUAGUAG